CCGGUUGCCGCCGCAGAGGCCCUCUCCGUGGAGUCAGUCGGCGCGAGAUUCGUCUGCCGCGACCACCUCGAUCGACACCGCACCCCUGAGUGAACGUGACUUUUUCCUGGGUCCGCCGUUCGAAAAGAAAGACUCAUUGUUCGCUCAACCCGUAAAAGAGACCCGCAAAUCAGCCGAGAUGUCCGGAAUCACAAAGACCAGCAAGUACACAUACAGGAGCACGGGCCACGGUGGCGGCGACGCCAACGUGAGCAUCGAGUACUCCGCCGAUCUCAGCGCGCUGACCCGGCUGGAGGACAAAAUCCGUCUCCUUCAGGAAGACCUCGAGUCCGAGCGUGAGCUCAGGCAGAGGGUGAGUACCGAAAGAUGUACUUUUACACUUUUAAAAUAUAGCAAAUAAAUGGUCCCCAUCAGC